AACAAACGCGAGUCGAGGUAGAAUCGCAACGGAGCGAACUAACUAACUGCGCAGCUGCUUCAUGUUUCAAGGAGGAGUUGCAAACGGCGAACAGCGCGAGCGCCGAUGAUAUCCAGGGCGUCCCGACGCCUGGAGGGCUUUUUCUAGGCCACGGUAGCUCAUUCACAAUUUUGGAUUCGCUCGCCAAGGCAACAGGUGCAAAUAAAGCCAUAACAUUGAGCAUUGCAAUAGUCGCUGAUACCACGGGUUAUACAUUGGUGAUAUCGUUUUGUCAAAUUUUAUUAUAAAUAUGAGUGCCGUCGACGACAUAUUGAAUUACACAGCCAAGAAAGAUGACGAUCUUUACGCACUUUUGGGCUGCGACGAAUCCGCAACUGUUGAACAAAUCACGGCCGAAUACAAAGCUCUGGCUCUUCAAUAUCAUCCCGACAAAAACGAGGGAAACAAAGAAGCUGAAACAAAAUUUCAGCAACUCAAGAACGCUAAGGAAACUUUGUGCGAUCCUGAGAAACGACUCAACUACGACAAAUGGCGAAACAGCGGAAUUUCUAUCAGCUACCAACAUUGGCUCGGAAUGAAGGAACACGUUCAUCAAUCGAUGCACUGGAGUACGCCGAAGACAAAAGAUCGCAUGUUGCCGGAUGCAGCGGGUGGUUCUCCGGGACAUGUUCGAGGUCAACCAGCCAACGCUCAUCGUCGAGCUUCCGAGGGUGGUGCAAACAUUCAUUACGGUGCUCGUCAUGACGUCAAUUGGGAUACCCAACCGCAAAGCGAGGUGAUAAACAAGUUCCGCAAUUACGAAAUUUAAAGAGGGAAACGAACGACAAUGGAAAAGAGUAAACGAAUGAAAAACCGUACGCCGAAAAAAAAACAAACAAACAAAAGAAGGAGAAACAAAAGCACCGGCAGCUAUGUCCGAUUACCCCGCAAGUAUUCCGAACAUGAAAAUGUGACCAUAUCCUUCGUGACUGUCACCUAAAAUCUAAAAUCAAUCAACAAUCCGUAAUGCAUUGACUCGCAUAAAUUUUUCCCGUAAAUUUUCUUUCCACCAGACCAAUGAAACUCGGAACAAAGCGAGAAAGAAUCAUCGUGCCAAACUUUGUCCCCAUCACGCUCCAUAUAAAUGGUGCGAUAAUAGAGAAAUGUGUAAAUGAUUCAUGAUCGACGGUUAUGAUUAUUACGAUGACGAUGAUAAUUGUAAUGGUUAUUAUUGUUAUUACUUUAAUAAUAUCGUCUAGAUAAUGGAGAAAUACACAGUCUGUGCAGCAGUAAAUUCCUUCCAUUCGCUCCAUCCCUUCUCAAAUCCAAUUUUCGCGAAUGUAUAGAGUUCCGGAGUACGCAUGAUAUAAAAUUUCAACGAUGGGAUGGUACAAAUAUGGAACGUAUGCAUUUAUAGGUAUAACAACGUAUACAUUCGUACGUACGUCUGUCGUCUUAUCUCGAGUAUGGAAAGGAGAAAUUUCGGGGUUGCCCUAAAAAUAAUAGUUGUAAUAUUAGUAUGUGUAUAAUGUGUACCAUGAAAAAUAUUAUCAUCAAUCACGUGACAUAUAUAUAUAUAUUAUAUAUUAUAUACAAAUACAUACGUAUGUAUAUUUAUAUAUAUAUACACUACAGUAUAUCUAAAUGGAGACGUAUAAAUAUCUAUUGUAUAUGUACGAAAUAUUCAGAAUUAACAAUUAUUAUUGUUGGACAAUUAACGAUCGAUCGAUGUUACCCCAUAACUCCGAUAAAACUGUGUCACUUACGUCCCUCGAAAAAAUAGGUACAUUAUAUUAAAACGUUAUCGUCACGAAAGGAAUGAAGAAAAAAAGAAAAUAACUAUACGUAUACAUAUAUAGAAUAAUAUAAGAGCUGACCAUAUCCCCGGGAAAUUUGCGUCGACAAUUUUUAAUAGAAUAAUUUGUUCGUUAAAAAUAUUGUUUUUACCAUCCCUUACCCUCCCAUGAUUCCGUAAUAAUUACCGAUUGUCCCCGAUUUAAUAUCGAUUUCUCUGACCGCCGCGCGUCGCGUCGGUUCGAAAACGACCAAUUCUCACGUUCGACAAUCUCAUUUAAUUACAUAUUAUACACGCAGAUUAUAUUUAUAUAUUUAUGUAUAUUUACCAUUUAUAUUAUGAAUAUUAUACUUAUACACCCGAUGCAUUAGCUUAUAUAUUCCGAUUUUGAAAAAAUCUGCAACCGCGGAUUAAUUCGAUGUAUUUUAUUGCAUAGAGAUUUAUGCCUUGCGAUGGUCCAAUGUCACAUUCCAUUUUCUCAUCAAUUGUCCUUAUUAUUUAUUGUUUAUUAGACGAUAAUCAGACCCGUUGAACAACAUUGUUAUUGUAUGUGAUAGAGAUAUAUAUGUAUAAUACAAAUAUAUAGUUUAUAUAAAUUUAUGAAUUUUUAUUGUUUAAAUCUGUGAUCUCAAUCGGUAAGAAUAUUUUUAUCGCGUAUGUAUUUACUGAUUUAAGAACAAAAUUAAAUACAUGUAUAAAUAUUGAAUAAUAAAGAUUAAAGAAAAAAAAACAUAGAAAAAGGAAAGUUGCUGAGAAUCAAUAGUAAAUGAAGGGGAAAAAAUGAUACUUUUAGUUUCGACAAGCACUGAUUCCUGAUGACGAUGAAGCCUAGGAAGGCGUAUUUAACCAACUGGAUUUUUAUUUAUCAUUUUGCAACGUACAGGCAUUUUGAAAAUGAAAUAAAAAAAUCAUACCUUACAUCAAUAGCGUUGAUAAUUAUUAUUGAUAACGUCGAAACGUCUAACGCAAAUCAUGAACGUAUAUUCUUUUCAAUCUUAUUAUCGAAACAGCGUACGAAGAAAUCUACUACAAAGCGACUUGCUAGACGUACACUAUACGUAUGGAAAAAAAUUCACAAAUCUGCGGAAACUGUACGUACCUUUAUUUCGUUAUAUUCAUUCGUUUAUCGUUCCGUUUGCAUAAAGAUGAACAGUAGUAGUCGCAAAAAAAAUAACGUGCAUAUAGAUAUAUAUAUGUAUAUACACACAUGUAUCUAUAUGCACACGUGUACUUUUUUUUUUUUUUUUUUUUU